AUGGAGAGCCCUCAUGAGCACCAGCAAAGCCUUCUGCUCUCUCGCAUUAUUGUUAAUGUUGAGAAGCUGAAUGAAGCUAUUAUGAUGUUGAACAAGAACCUCCAAGAGAUCAACAUCCAAAACAUGGAUACUGAGCUGGUGGCGCAAAUGUUCAAAAACUACCAGUCCAACGUCCUAUUCCACCUUGAAGCCACGAACGGUCUGAAGGAUCCAGCUUGA